AUGGAUGUUGCCAAAUACAGUUCACUCCACCGUCUGCUGAGAGUUACCGCUUGGGUGUCAAGAUUCCUGCACAACUGUAGGCAUACCACAGCCGAAAGGAGGGGACCAUUGAUGGCCGCCGAGGUAGUUGCAGCGGAAACAUACUGGGUCACAGCGGCACAGCGUCAAAAUUUCGGUUCUCAUCCCGCGGUGCACAAGUCCUUACAAAAUGUGUCUGUCUUUCAUGAUGACGAUGGUGUUCUCCGUUUGACGGGCCGCCUUCAGUACAGCGAUUUUGAAGAAACCCAGAGGCAUCCCAUCGUCAUUCCCGCUGACCACCCGUUCACCGCUCUUUUAGUUUUCCGGGCUCAUGUCAGGCUUCUGCAUGCUGGAGUUCAGGAGACACUCGCCGCGCUUCGGGAAGAGUACUGGGUUCUCCGUGGUCGUCAGGCUGUGAAGAGGAUCCUAAAUGGAUGUCGCACUUGCCGACGAGCAAAGGUUCAGGCGUGCACAGAAGUUACCGCUCCGCUACCACGAGACCGCUUGUCACAGUCCGCACCAUUUGAAGUGACAGGCACCGAUUUUGCGGGUCCACUGUACUACAAGUGUUCAAAAGGCGGCGGAAGAAAGUGCUACAUCCUGAUUUUUACCUGUGCCGUCACUAGGGCUGUUCACCUAGAGCUGACGAAGUCUAUGACUACCGAGGAUUUCCUAAUGGCUCUUAGAAGGUUCAUAUCAAGACGGGGCGUACCCGCCACUAUAUAUUCAGACAAUUUUCGGACAUUCAAGCGAGCCAGUCGCGAACUCACCCCUGCCUGGUUGUCACAAAACGCUCAGGUAAACGUAUUCUUGACUGCACGACGGAUCACCUGGAAAUUCAUAGUGGAGCGAGGAGCAUGGUGGGGUGGGUUUUGGGAACGCCUGAUUCGCAGUACCAAAACCUGCCUGCGUACAGUCCUGGGUCGAAGCGCCCUCCGCUACGAGGAACUCUCUACCGUUCUCACAGAGGUGGAGGCGGUGAUGAAUUCUCGGCCUCUGACGUAUCUGUUCGAAGAUCCAGACGACCUUUCUGCCGUCACGCCAUCACACUUUCUGAUUGGGCAAAGGCUCACCGCGCUACCGUGUCGCGAACCCGAAGCAGGAACAACACCUACAGCGCAACAGUUGAGACGCCGGUGGAUGUAUAGGGAAGAAUUGACUCAUCAAUGCUGGAAGAAGUGGGUUAAAACGUACAUCCUCCAUCCAUACAUACAUACCAUGCCAUACAUGCCAUCCAUGGAAUGA